CAGGCAUCAGUUCUUUGGAUUUGGUCCUUGAAUACUAAACAUCAUGAGCAACUACAGCGUGUCUUUGGUCGGGCCAGCUCCCUGGGGUUUCAGGCUUCAAGGGGGCAAGGAUUUCAAUGUGCCUCUUUCUAUCUCUCGACUUAAUGACGGUGGCAAGGCAGCCCAAGCACACGUGGGGAUUGGUGAUGUGGUUCUCACCAUUGAUGGGAUAAGCACGGAUGGGAUGACUCAUCUAGAAGCACAAAACAAGAUCAAGGCAUGUACGGGCAAUUUGAACAUGACUCUGCAAAGAGUGUCUUCUAUACAAAAACCGGAUCAUUUUCAUGUGACAAAGCACGGUGCCGCCCCGAGCGCCUCGGCCGCCGACGGCGCCCAGGACGCAGCCCAGGGGCCGCGACGAGGAGGCGCCGACAGCCAGGGGGACAGUAAACAGCAAAAUGGGAAAAACCCACCCAAACGCCCCCCGCGGAAGCACAUCGUGGAUACCUACACCGAGUUCUACCACACGCCCACGCACAGCGACGCCAGCAAGAAGCGGCUGAUCGAGGACACCGAGGACUGGCACCCGCGCACCGGCACCACCCAGUCCCGCUCCUUCCGCAUCCUGGCGCAGAUCACCGGCACCGAUCGCAUGAAAGAACCAGAAAAUGAAGCUGGGAAGAAGACUAAGGAAAAGGUUCCCAUCCACGUCCUUAGCCCUAAAUAUACAAAAUUACGUGACUGGCACCAUGAAGUCUCAGCACGUGUUCUUAAUGUCCAGUGAUUUUACCCAAGUUGUAAAAGCAAAAUACAAACACUUCCUUUCUUUCUUCUUUUCCAUCGCUUUGCAA